UUAACAAGCACAUACACACCAAUCUACGUUUUCUAUUUACUGCGAUGAAUGAUAACCUUUACUGGAGUGUUUCCAUGUGAGUUUUAUUCAUUUUAAAUAUUACUGCAUCGCUUGCUUGUGCUACUUCGGAUGGAUGUAACUUACCUUACUGCGGCCCAUAGUUUAGUGUUUUUUUGAAUCGACUAAACUAUCUGGAUCACUUGUGGACCCUGACUACAGGAGUGCCCGGUCCAUCCACCAUCAUGGCCUCUGCCACCUCCACCCCUGUUUGCUCGGGCGGCAGCUCCAGCCGCUCGGGCAGCCGCACAGGCAGCCGCCGCGGCGCAGCCGCGGGCCUGGCCACCCCCGCCUCCAGCACCAGCACCAGCCCGACCUGCAUGUCCCGCAUCCAGGAGAAAGAUGAGCUCCGACACCUCAACGACCGUCUCGCCAACUACAUCCAGCGGGUCCAGGACUUGGAAAGCGAAAGGUCGUCCAUGCUGAUUCAGCUGGAAGAAAAGGAUGACUCGAAAAGCCGGGAGAUGGGCAACGUGAGGCGGCUGUACGAGGAGGAGUUGGCCGAUGUCAGAAAGUCCCUGGACGGCCUGGCCGGAGAGAGGGCCCGUCUGCAGAUCGACUAUGGAAGUCUGUGCGAGGAGUACCGGAAACUUAAAGCCAGGAACCAGAAGAAGGAGAGCGAUCUGGCGAAUGCAUUGGCCCAGUGGAGGAAAACUGAGGCGACUCUGAGCUCCAAGGAUGCUGAGUACACUCAGCUGCUGUCUGAGAACAGGAGACUCAGCGCUGACUUUACUGACCUCCAGGGCCAGCUGGAAAAUGUAGAGCGUGUACAGGCAGACACAAAGAACCAGCUGACCUCUGAGAUCCUGAGGAGGGUGGAAAUGGAGAACCAGGUGCAAACACUCUCAGAACAGCUUGAACUCCAGAAGAACAUCAGUGAGCAGGAGAUCUUUGAGAUCCAAAGCCGACACGAGAGCCGUCUGGUAGAGGUGGACUCGGGACGUCGGAGAGAGUUCGAGAGUAAAUUGGCCGAGGCGAUGCAGCAGCUCCGCCAGGAUCAUGAAUCUCAGCUGCAGCUGUACAAAGAAGAGAUGGACAAGACCUUCAGUGCAAAGUUGCAGAAUGCCCAGCAGGCUGUGCUGGAGAAAAACGACCUAGCGUCUGCCACCAAAGACGAACUGGAAAGCACCAGGCUCAGAAUGGAGUCCCUCAGCUCUCAGCUCCAGCAGUACCAGAAAGAUAAAAUGGUGCUGGAGGGGCGCUUUCAGGAGCUGGAGAGGACUCUUGACAGGGAGCGGGAGGUUUGGCAGCAGAAACUCUGUCAGAAGGAGCAGGAGCUGCUGAGCAUCAGAAGCCAGAUGUAUAGCCAGCUGGAAGACUACGAGAACCUGCUGGAUGUCAAGCUGGCUCUGGACAUGGAGAUCAACGCCUACAGGAAGAUGCUGGAGGUGGAGGAACAGAGAUUGCAGCUGUCACCGAGCCCCUCCCAGCGUACAGCCCUACCUCGAACACACGAACACAGCAGCCGCAAGCUCAGAGGGAAGAAACGCAAACACGAGGGAGCCUCUGGCGGCUCGCCCGCCUAUAAACUGUCCAGCCGUUCAACAGAACACUCUGCAGUGAGUGUGGCAGAGGUCGACGUGGACGGAAGAUAUGUCCGACUGAAGAACAACGCCGAGACGGAGCAGCCACUGGGUGGUUGGAUGGUUCGGAGGAUGUACCCAGACUCCAGAGACAUUUUUUUCCACAUCCCGUCCUCCUGUGUCCUGGCUGGUGGGCAGACACUCACAAUUUGGGCAGCAGGUGCAGAGGCAGAGGCUGAUACUGGGGACCUGAUUCUACAGGGCCACAGGAGUUGGGGCCCUGUCAUGAAUGUGAGAGUGACCCUGCUGAACCCUGACCACGAGGAAAUAGCUGAGCACAGGGUGUGCAUGCAGGCCAGAGGGGAUGAAGAAACUGAACUGGAGUUUGAUGAAGACAUUGUCACAGGGAGUGACAUCCAGCACUUUCAGAGACAGGAUCUACUUAAGGAGGGAAACUGCACUGUCAUGUGAUUGAUGAGUGAUCACAUGAUCUCCUGAAGUCCUUCACAUCUACCUGCUUUGGCCUUGGAAAACAAAUGUCUGCUGCUAAUGAUGAUGAUGAUCCAGUGUUGUCUCAUUCAACAAAGUCCACUCUCAAACUACAGUAGGACACUGACAUGUUAGACUGUGAGAACGCCUUAGAGCAUCACUAUCAACCUCAGUAUUCCUGUUUCAUUGCUCUGAUUCACAAGAUAUGAGCUUUGCCUUCAU